CAGAGGCAGAAAAGAAAAAUGGCGGCUCUAAGCGAACCCGAACGGGACGCCGGGCUAACAUUUUGAGCUUUCACACCCGACAAAACACACGGGGGUUGCGGGCUUGCAUGCUCGGCGCCACCCCUGACCGCUCCGGUACUGCGGGGGGACCUCUUUUCGCUCGUCUCUUCGUCGCCUAAGCGGACGCAAUCAUUGGGAUUGUAAAAUAGUCGCGUUCCUUUCGCCUAUCAUGAGAGGGAAAAGGGGCAGGCCGCCCAAGCCGCUAGCAGGCGAGGAGCAGUCGCCAGCUCCGGCUGCUACGAGGGGUUUGCGGCCGAGGAGAAAUAUCAAGCCCCGCUUCCGAGACAGCGGGGACGAGGAGGUCGAGAAGAGUCCCGUUCGAGAAGCAGCCAAGCCGCCCAGGAAAAAGAAAGCGGGCUCCGUCAUAUCGACGCGAGGCAGGGGACGAGGGAGAGGUGGCCGCGGAGGAAGAGGAGGUCGCGGCGGCGGCGGAGGAGGCAGGAGGGCGCCUGGCUCCAAAACGGUGGUGUACGACGACCACGAGAGCGACGAGGACGACGACGCUGUCAGUUUGAGGUCCGAGGAGGAAGAGUUGGUCGAGGAGGAACCUCAGUCCGAAGAGGACGAGGCCCUCAAAGAAGACUCGGACUGCCUUGAUGAUGUGCUGGACGAGCAGAAGCAGCAGCAGCAGGAGGAGGAGGAGGAGGUGGAGGAGGAUGCCAGCUACUGUACGGAGAGUAGCUUUCGGAGUCAGAGCACACACGCCAGCACUCCGGGGAAGAAGAAGGCCCAAGCCCCCCGACCCCGCACUCCCAUUCUGGAGGACAAAAACAUUCCCUCUCUUGAGCUACCUGGAUCUUCCGAGGAUCUCCUGGUGCCUAGCGAAGAGCUGCUAAACGCAACCUCCAUCUACGAGGUGCUUCGGAACUUCAGCGCGGUGCUGCGAUUGUCCCCCUUCCGCUUUGAGGACUUUUGUGCAGCACUCAUCGGUCAGGAACAAUGUACUUUAAUUGCUGAGAUCCACAUUUCUUUGCUGAAGGCCAUCCUGCAUGAAGAGGAAACCUCCAACACUAGCUUUGGGCCUGCUGACCUCAAGGACAGCGUCAAUUCCACCCUGUACUUCAUUGACGGCAUGACGUGGCCCGAGGUGCUCCGUGCGUAUUGUGAGAGUGACAGAGAGCACCACUAUGUCCUGCCGUAUCAGGAACUGGAUGAUUAUCCUUAUGGUCCCGUUGAAAGUAAAAUCAAGGUCCUUCAGUUCCUGGUGAACCAGUUUCUCACCACCAACAUUGCGCGUGAUGAGCUGAUGUCUGAUGGCGUCAUGAAAUAUGAUGAUCAUUGUCGCGUAUGUCAUCGCCUGGGUGACCUUCUCUGCUGUGAGACUUGCUCUGCAGUUUACCACUUGGAGUGUGUGAAGCCACCACUGAAGGAGGUUCCGGAAGACGAGUGGCAGUGUGAGAUCUGUGUGGCACAUCAAGUACCAGGAGUUACGGACUGUGUGACCGAAGCGCAGAAGAACAGGCCCUACAUACGCCAGGAGCCUAUUGGAUAUGACCGGCACCAGAGGAAAUACUGGUUUCUCAGCAGAAGGAUUAUUGUUGAAGAAGAUGGAGAACACGAGAAGAAAAAGAUCUGGUACUAUAGCAGUAGAGCCCAGCUCCAAGCGCUCCUAGAGUAUCUGGAUAAGGAGUACUGGGAGAUGGACCUUUGUGCCACUCUGGAGGAGAUGAAGGAGGAAGUUCAAACUCACAUGGACAUCACAGAGGACCUUACCAAUAAAGCUCGGGGAAACAAUAAAGCUUACCUCACUGCUGUCAAUGAGAUGGUCACGGAUCGUCUAAAGAGCCGAGGGAAAGCAAAUGGGCAAGCUGAGGAAGUGAAGCCCCAAGCAGAAACAAGUUCUGGACAGACAGUGGGGGAUUCUGUCAAGGUCACAUCACAGCUUGGUGACGGAGAGCCCAAGGAGACCACUACUUCACCAGCAGCCGCCAUUUCGCUUGGUGCCCGGGAGAGCUGCAUGUCUUAUUCGAAGUCCAGCUCUACCCCCCAGGACUCAACUGAAUUUCCUAAUUCAAGCAUAGAAGCCCAGGAGAGUGGGGAAUCCCCUCCAGUGGCAAAGCAGGAAAGGACAGCUGAAACGACAAAAUCUGAGCUGAGCAGUGAAUACAUGCAAGCACAAACCCAUGACGAGCAUCCAGAAGCAGGUCGUCACGUCUCCGAUAGCCGCACUCCCAUGAAACCAGAGCAGCCGGACCUGUUUGAGAGGUCCUCUCGGUCUUCUUUUACCAGCCAAGAUGGGACAGAUGAGUAUAAUGACAAUCUGAGGAGCAAUAGAGCACCUGGAUCAGCGCUAGAAUCUAAGAACCAAAUUCCCAGAAAAAGCAAAGAGUCAUCCCCUGUGCGCCCUGAUGUAGAAACUUCAAAUUCCAGCAUUUUCAAAAGUGACCUUGCAGUAAACUUAAACAACCUGUUCAAACUGGGCCAGGAAGGAAAAUAUAGGGUGUACCACAACCAAUAUAGCACCAACGUUCUAGCUCUCAACAAGCAUCAGCAUCGGGAGGACCACGACAAAAGGCGCCACCUCUCCCACAAGUUCAGCUUGACGACUGCAUCUGAGUUCAAGUGGAAUGGCUCCAUCUAUGGGUCCCGGAGCCAGACUAUCACCACCCUGCGUUUCAACAUCAUCCAGCUAGAAAGCAAUGUUCCACCACCAUUUAUGCACCUUAACUGGGCAUCACACAGAACCAACUGGAACAAAGCAGUGCAAAUGUGCAGCAAGGCCAGGGAAUUUGCUCUAGCGUUGGCCAUACUGGAGUGUGCCAUCAAACCAGUUGUCAUGCUGCCUGUAUGGAAAGAUUCUCUCGGACAUACAAGGCUACACCGCAUGACCUCCAUGGAGCGGGAAGAGAAAGAGAAGGUGAAAAAACGUGAGAAGAAACUGGAGGAUGAGGAGACACUGCAGCAGGCCACAUGGGUGAAGUACAGCGUUAACAUCAAACACCAGGUGUGGAAGCAGAAGGGUGAGGAGUACAGAGUGACAGGGUAUGGUGGCUGGAGCUGGGUCAGUAAGACUCGCGUACCACGUUUUUUUCCUAAAUUACCAGGAAACACAAACAUAAACUACCGAAAAGAACUGGAAGCCAAAAUAAGCAUGGAAAAUGGUGCUUGCACAAAUAAACAGAAAAAGGCAGAGGAGAAAAUACAGACCACUCAUAGUACAGCAGAGGACAAGCAGCGGGUUUCCAUUAGUGUAUCAGCUCAAAGCUCCUCAUCAGAACAAGAACAGCCAUUGAAAGAGGAAGUGAAGCCCACAGAAGAGGAGGAACAAAAGGUAGAAGAUAAUAAAAUGGAGGUUGAACCCAGCCUGAAUAUCGUACCUUCAAAUGAAGAAAAAGAACAUGUUGAAAACAAAGGCCCUUCCUUGCCCGCUGUGCAGCCUGUAAAAGAAGAGCCAAUCCAGAAAGUUGACCAACCCAAGGAGGAGACCACUGCACCGAAGCAUUUGUAUGACGUUGUCAAUGUCAGCGAAGGAUUCCAUUUGCGAACAUCUUAUAAGCAGAAGGUAAAGCCUUCCAAAUUGGAUGGACUCUUGGAGCGGCGUGUCAAACAGUUCACCUUGGAGGAGAAGCAGAGACUGGAGUGGUUGAAACAAGCAACCCUUCUCUCAAAAAUGGCUUCUACUGUAGUUAAGUCUGAAGGAACUGUAUCAGCUAAACAGCCGCCUGCUGUGAGCCUGUGUGUUAAAGUCGCAGAAAAGGAGGAUGACAAGCAGUUGAAAGACCCUGUCGUUAAAAAGUUGGAGUUUGAACAAGAAGUCAAGGAGCUCAAAAUAAGCACGAAUGUCAAAUCGGACUCCACAGUGAUGAACCAUAGCAUGCAAAGAAAAAUCAGUAUUGUGCAUGGGAAUAGUGGAGGUUCUGGAGCGCACAAAGAAGUGAAUGGAGGAGCCACAGAAAUCAGUGGGCUCAAUGGUAAAAACAAUUAUAAAUCUGAAGCAAUAGAAAGCCAGGAGAAAACUCAGAAACUAGAGGUGGCGCCAGUGGGAGAGAACACAAAGAAACGUAGCUUUGACGAAAUUGAUCAAGGCAGUCGGCAGACUGAUGGGGAGCUCACGGAGGCCGACCAAAGCAAGAUCAAUGCAGAGCAAGUGAAUGGAGAAACUCUGAUCUCUGUCCCUUCAAAUUUAAACAUCAACUCAGACCUGAAGAAUCAAGUCCAAGGUGACAACAAAGAGCCUGUCAAAGGCCUAAUGAAUGGAAAUCUCUCCCAAAAUGAUGCUUCCUACGACAGUCAUCCACCUCCCACGAAGGUCCCCAAAUUAGAGAAUCAUGUAGUAGAUACAGGAGAUCCUCAAAAUGCUGUAAGUAAUAGUAAGGAUGUGCUUAUAGGUUCGGAAGGGGCAGUGCCUGCUACUGUUGCCUCUUGCCUUAAUUAUGGUGACCAAGCCAGUAGUAUAAUUGAUGUAAAGACAUCCACACAAAAUGCCCUAAAGUCUCACAACACCCAAACCUCUGCAGCAAAUAACACAGUCUCUUCCACUCCAACCUCCACCAAUAAGCCAGUGUCAGUCGUUACGAGUGCAAAACUGGGCGCCGAUACUUCAGCCACAAGCAACUCCAUGAUGAUAAGCAAAGAGUAUACCACCACUGAGAGAGUCAGUCUUCUCAAGUUCUCAAAAUGUAAAAAGGCUCGAUCAGGCACAGCCCUGCCAUCCUAUCGCAAAUUUGUCACCAAAAGCAGCAAAAAGAGCAUAUUUGUCCUGCCCAAUGAUGACCUGAAGAGGCUCGCGAGGAGAGGAGGCUUCAGAGAGGUUCCCAUCUUCAACUACAAUGCCAAGCCAGCCCUGGAUAUAUGGCCCUACCCCUCACCUCGGCCCACAUUUGGAAUCACAUGGAGGUACCGUCUUCAGACAGUGAGAUCGCUGGCAGGGGUUAGCCUGAUGCUCAGGUUACUCUGGGCUUCUCUAAGGUGGGAUGACAUGGCUGUGAAGCCCUCUGUUGCUGUAGGACUUACACGGAAAGAAACUACAGACACAGAUGUCACCACAACAGAGAUAAUAAAACGCCGAGAUGUGGGGCCUUAUGGCAUCUACUCGGAAUACUGUAUCAGGAAGAUUAUCUGUCCCCUUGGAAACAGGGACACUCCAAAAGAAAGUCCAACUCCACAAAGGAAAGGGCUGCGAUCAAGUGCCUUGAGGCCAAAGAAACAGGAGUCAACCAAGCCAACUGGACCUAUUGCCGUGGAGACAUGGAUUCCUGAAGAGGAUCUGGAGCUGUGGGAGAUUAGAGCAUUUGCAGAAAAAAUGGAGAAGGAGAAAUCACAGGGUGAAGAUUCGUCCAAGACAGUCAGUACUCUGAAGAGUGCGGAGGAUGUCAAGGCGCAUUUGGAGAAUCAGCUUAAACAAACGCGACUGGCUGCCCAGCAGAAACGCUUUGAGCAACAAGCCAUACCCACAGCUACAACCACCACCACCACCACCUCCUCAUCCAGCACUUCAAAUUCUGUUGGUACGCCUGUGUCCACGGGCCAGAGAACAGGUCAGGUCACAUCAGGGACCAAGAUGGUCUUGGCCUCCAAACUGGGCUCUCCAGUCUCCCUGCAGCAAGACAAGAACUUCCACCAGUCUUUUGCCACCUGGGUCAGGCAGGGUCAGACCAGUAAUAAUACAGAUGAGCGGAAAUGCACCAGCAUAUUCCCCUCUGGGCCUCCUGCAAACCUGAGGACGUACAGUACACUCCAUCCUACAACUGGCAAUAUCAACCUCAGAGCUACCAACUCUGCUUCAUCCACGCAACAACAGUUAAUUAAAACAGGAAGCCAAACACAACCUGGAGCAAGUCCUAUGUUGGCUCCACAAGGCCAUUCCCAACAGGUCCAGAUGGGCCAAGGCUCAGUUGGAUCUGCUGCUGUGUCUGGCUCUACUCCUGUGCAGACAACUGGAGGUCAGAGAGCUGCAGUUCCUGUGCCGUCCCCUUGUGCUACAAGUGCAGCACCUGGGCAGCGCCCUGUGGCUCCCUCCCAGCCCAACAGACCACAGCAGGGUCAAGUCAAACUCACUAUGGCACAGCUCAUGCAGUUAACACAGAGUGCUCAGGGAGGAAAUCCAGGUCUCACGGUGGUGAUCCAGGGACAAGGCCAGACCGAGGGUCAGCUGCAAAUUGUCCCACAGGGUGUCACGGUCACCACUACCCCUGGUCAGCAGCUGAUGCAGGCAGCUAUGCCCAAUGGCCAAGUCCAUCGCUUCCUCUUCACUCCCUUGCCACCAUCUUCACCAGUUUCAACUUCAGCACCCACUGCAGCUGUUCCUGCACAGCCUGCUGCAUUACAGAGGCCGCAAACCCAAAUAUCAACUCAUGCUCUACCUAGGUCCAACGUCCAGACUACUCCUUCAGCCUUGGCCAAGACCCAAAUGACAGCCCCUAUUCCUGCUCCAACACAACCCUUUACACCUCUUUCUUCGCAACUUCAUCCACAUUUGAGUUCCACCCCAGCCUCUGUCCCUAUACAACCCCAAGUGUCAGCCUCUGUUCCUACAACAGUGCAAGUUCCACAGGCUCCAGUACAACCCCACAUUUCAACACCAUCAUCACAAUUAUGUCCUGUUGCAGCCCAGGCUUUGUCACAAACACUAGUUUCAUCCUCCUCAACAGCCUCUGCCCCAGUACUAUCUGAGGUGGCAAAAUCGGUGCCUGCCUCACAACAGGCAGGGCAAACAACUAUGAUUCAAACCCAAAUAUCAGACCAAACUCGAACAGCAACCUCUGUGGCUCUUGCAGGACAAGUUACACCCCAAUCCCAGAUCAAGGCACAAACUUUGACCACCUCCUCAGCUUUCACAUCAGCUCCUGUCCAGAUGCAUGUUACUUCUCCUGCCCCUGCUUUUGUCCCUCUCUCAGGCAAUGCUGCUGUCCAGUUUAACUCUACCCAAGUGCAAUGCAUUUCUGCGUCAGUCCCUUCACCUGUCCAACUUCCAACAUCUGCCCUCACUCCUGCCUCUGGUGCUGUCAUCACUGUGUUGUCCAAUCAAAUUGGCGUUCUGACCCCUGCUAAAGCACCAAACCUAAUUCAAACUGUAGCUCCUCGUCCUCUUAAUGCUGCUGCCGCAAAUGCCGUGGUCACACCGGUCACAGCUACAUGUACAACACCUUCAGUGCCAGCGCUUAUAGAGCAGAGGGCCGCUCAGCCCCAAGUUUUGAAACCGGCUUCAUGUGAAGCCCAGAUUCCAGUCCAUUCUGUUCAACAGGCAGCCAUUCCCAAUCCACCUGCGCUAACUGCAGUUCCUGCCUGUACCCUGGCAUCAAGUUCCACACCCUUAUCCUCAUUGCCUCAGGCAACUCUUUCCUUGCAAUCUCAAGUCCAACACCCUGCAGUAGUGUCUGUGCAGCAGGUGUCUCAAAUUCCACUCUCUGCUGUGCAGCUUCAAAUGAAGGCAUUACCCGUUUCCUCUGUAAUGACUACAGUUAGACAGCCCCAAGCAUUCAAUCAACUGCAGUCCCGACCUCCAAACCAAAUCUGUGCACAGAUUCAGGUCCAGCCAUGUGGCCAAGUCCAACAAAUGCAACACAUUCAGUCGCCACCUCAUCUCCAGUCGCAAGCACAAAUCCACCCCCAGAUCAGAGUUCAGUUUCAGCCACAAACUCAGCAACCAUCCCAACCCCAAGUGCAGCAGCUUCCUCAAAUUCAACCCCAGGUGCCAUUUCAGUCCCCAAAGCAAACCUUGCCCCAGGUUCAAGUUAAACACCAACCACGGGUCCAACCCCAGUACCAGUCACAAGUACAAGGUGCGCUUCAAACACAAGUGCAAACCCAACCUCAGGCUCAGCAACAGCCUCAGGCUCCAAUCCGACCCCAAAUGCAAACCCAGGUUCAGGUCCAAUUCCAGCAACAGAACCAGAUUCACCCUCUGCCUCAUGCUUCGCAACAACCUCAAGUACAAAGUCACUCACCAAUUAAAAGUCAAAUUCAAACCCAAACUCAAUUCAAAGCACAGUCGCCAACCCAGGUUCAAGUACAGACUCAACCCCAGGUGCAAGCGCAGGUUCAAGUUCAGUUUCAAUCUCCGAACCAAGCUCAGCCUCCGCUUCAAGUCCAGUCCCCAAUUAGGCAUCAGCUCAUCACUGUUCCAGGGCUUCAACAACCAGUCCAACUGUUGUCAGCUCUUCCAUCACAUGUUGCAGCCCAGAUCCAAGCUCAGAUCCAAGCACAGGCACAGCAGCAAGGUGGUGCAGUUCCCCAGCAAAUCAAACUACAACUGCCUAUCCAGAUUCAGCAGACAGGGGGUCAAAUUCAAGCCCACCAAAUCCAGAACAUGGUGACGAUACAGGCACCAACAAGCCUGCAAGACCAACUGCAGAGGAUGCCGCAACACAGAGACCAGCAACAACACCAGAAGCAGCAGUAUCUGCAGCAACAACCUCCACCACCAAAGAAGAAGAAACACCAAGAGAAUAAAAAGGAGCAUAAGGAUCUGAAUCAGUUGGCAGUGAGCCCAGGAGACUGCUUUCCUAAACAGGUGGGAACGAAGCAGAGUGUUACAGCGGAACAGCUAAAACAGAGGAAAACUCUAGCUGCUGCUGAGCGAGAGGAGAACCAGAGAAUGAUUGUGUGCAACCAGAUGAUGAAGUACAUUCUUGAUAAGAUCGAGAAGGAUGAGAAGCAGGCAGCUAAGAAAAGGAAAAAGGAGGAGGUGGUGGAGCAGAAACGCUCCAAGCAGAAUGCCACCAAGCUGACGGCGUUGUUGUACAAGCACAAAGAACACCUGAAGGCAGAGAUUCUAAAAAAGAGGGCUCUGCUGGACAAGGAUCUUCAGCUUCAAGUGCAGGAGGAGCUGAGGCAAGACAUUGGAAGGCUACAGAAAGAAAAGGAGAAGGCCCGAGUUGCCAUUGCCCAGGCUGCGGCAGCAACUGUCAAGUCAUCCUCCCACUCCUCUCACUCUUCCCACACCUCACACUCUUCUCAACCCUCUCACUCAACACAUUCCUCUCACAGCACCCACACAGCAAGGCCCCCUUCCUCAUUGUAUAAACGUAAGCGAGAAGAGGAGCGAGACAAAGACAGAAACAGGGAUAAGAAGCGGCAUCAUGACAAGAAACGGGAACGGGACAAAGAGCGGGAUCGGUAUAAAGACAGAGAAAAAGACAGAGACCGUGAUCGAGAGAAGGAGAGGAUGAGAGAUCAAGAGCAUACUCGACCUCAGGACAGGGAGAAGGGCAGAGAAACGGACAAAGACAAGGACAGAUAUCCCUUCGCAUUAAAACACAAGAAGAAGAAGCUCUCCUCUACCUCAAAGGAUCACAAGAAGGACAAUAAACUGUACUGUAUCUGCAAAACACCCUACGAUGAGUCCAAGUUUUACAUAGGGUGUGACCUGUGUUCCAACUGGUUCCAUGGUGCAUGUGUGGGCAUCACUGAGAAGGAAGCCAAGAAGUUAGAGGACUUUGUGUGUAAUGAUUGUAAACGGGGCCAUGAAGGCGGAAGCAAGGAGGAGCUCUACUGCAUCUGUCGGACACCAUAUGACGAAUCACAGUUUUACAUCGGCUGUGACCGCUGCCAAAACUGGUACCACGGGCGCUGUGUGGGCAUCCUACAGAGCGAGGCUAAUCACAUCGACGUGUACGUCUGCCCGCAAUGCCAGUCGACAGAAGAUGCCAUGACGGUCCUCACGCCACUUACUAACAAAGACUAUGAGGGCUUAAAAAGAAUAUUACGCUCCUUACAGUCUCACAAGAUGGCGUGGCCUUUCCUUGAGCCAGUGGAUCCGCAUGAUGCACCUGAUUAUUAUCGCGUCAUUAAGGAACCAAUGGAUUUUUCCACAAUGGAAAGCCGUUUACAAAAGCGCCAUUACCACAAGCUCACUGAGUUUGUGGCCGACGUGACCAAAAUAUUUGACAACUGUCGCUACUACAACCCCAAUGACACGCCCUUUUUUCAGUGUGCAGAGGUGCUUGAAGGCUUCUUUGUACAGAAGCUAAAAUGUUUCAAAGGUGGCAGAUUGUCAGAUUCUUAAGUGGGCCAGUCUAGCUGGAGUCUGGACUGGAUGCUUGUCUCUAGUAAUCAUGGCAAGAUUGUUCAGUAAUCACCAUAAUGUGGCAGCCAUGUUGACAUUAGUCCAUCAGUUCAAUGAUGAGGAUGCUUUUUGACAAACGUUCACAGCAGUUAGCAUUUUUAUGGGGAGUUUUAAAUACAUUUUACCCAAUUUGUGUUUAUUUUCUGAAGUACUGUACACCUCGGUUUAAUUGGAUUUGUUUUGAGUCAAGCUUACCAGCUGUAAAAGUAUACAAAGCUGCAUAUUUUAUUACAGAGAUAUUUAUGUAUCACUUGGCUCCACCUCUUUGGUUUGAUCAGUGUUUAAGAUUUAUGUACAUACUUUUAUCAUGUACAGUGGUUGUGAUAUAUCGUUUUUAAACAAAUAAUCUAUGUGAGAGUAAAUGCGAGCAACAUCUAUCGUCAUUCUGUUCCUCCGCUUCCUAAAAGUAAUAAUAGUGUAAUUCGCAAAAAUUGUCAUCAAGGAAAAAUGCAUUCCCACCACAAAACAUCCAACAUGGCUGUAGGAUAAUCUUCCAGGGAGGCCUUUGCAUCCACUGUGUCUGUGCAAUCAUUGUUCACAUUUCACAACAACCAAGAACAUGUAAAGGUCUCUCAACUUCACCCUCUCUCCACAUGUUGUAGGUCUCAUAACAACAAGCUACAGUCUCCAGCCUCUUAGAGCGUGUCGCACAUUGGUGAUACGCUGAAAAACAAAACGCACUUGCCAAGCCGAUUGGCUUUUUCGACUGUCCCUCUGUGACACACGUCCUGUGUUGGGGGUGUGCUCCUUUAAGUGCGCAACCAAGCACUGCUGCUUUCACAAACUUGGUCAGGCGAAUCAUUUGAGCUCCAAGGGACCUUUUUUUGUACCUGUCUUCAUCAGCGGAACUGUACAGAUGAGAUGGCAUUUCACAAGAAACUUUACCUCGGAGAAAAGACUCACAAGGAGCUCUCAUGUUUCCAUGUAUUAUAUUUUUUGGGUCACAUUUGUUUGGCUCUUUUUCUUCGUUUUUGUUCACGUCCCUCUGGCCAUCCAAAUGGUCGACUUGUUCAAUGAGGAGUAGGAAAUGGAAUAUCAUGGCUGAGUUUUACUGAGCAUACUAAAGAAUUUUGUCUCAACAUCCUUUUUGUACUAUUUCCAUUGUUCAGGCUGAAGUGGCAUGAGAAGACAGUUCAGUACUAAAUAUCUGGACAACAGUAGAUGCUUGUUCGGCUCUUUACCUUGCUCUGCAAUAGUGACUCACUUGAGAAUGAUGUAUCUGUGUAUUUGAAGGUUCCCGCUGUUAAAAAAAUAAUAAUAAUUUUUGUCUGAA